ACGUGUCUGUGUGACCCACGUGUUUCUCUGAACAGCAACAUGGCCGCCUGUGUGGAGGAGCUGCUGGCGAAAGCUCAGCGCGAUGAAGAAGAGAAGUUGAAGAGCAUCACUGUGACCAAAGAGCUCGAGCUCACCUUUGAUGUAGGUCACCUGCUCGCGUGCGACUCUAAUCGUGUGGAAGCGCGCGCUCUAAAGGAGGAUAAAGAGCAGUUUCUGCGCUCACUGGCACGAGACAACACGCAGCUGCUCAUCAACGAGGUGUGGAAGCUGCGCGCGGAGAGGCUCCAGGAGGCGCUCGUGGUCAAACUGCCCGAGACACACACUCCGCUGCCGCGCGCCAAGCCGCCGCCGAAGGUUCGUGCCAUUACCAAGUGGGAAGAGUUCGCGAAACUGAAGGGGAUCCAGAAGAGGAAGAAGACUAACUUGGUGUGGGAUGAGAACGCUAAGGACUGGAAGAGGAGGUGGGGCUAUCAGAGGGGGGGCGACGACACGAAGGAAUGGCUCAUCGAGGUUCCAGUCACCGCCACAAACACCGAGGACCAGUUCGAGAAGAGGAGUCACGCGAAGAAAGAGCGCGUGGCGAAGAACGAGUUCAACAGGCUGAAGAACAUCGCGAGGGCGCAGAAGAUCAAAGUGCCAGGCGUGGGUCUGACCCCGGUGGUCUCUCAGGGGAAAGAUGAUCUCUCUCGGGCCGUUAGCGUCGCUCGGACCUCCACAGCCUCCGCCGGGCGAUUCCAGGACUGCCUGCCCAAAGAAAAGGCUCCGAAGAACCAGGGCAAGAAGAGGAAGUUCGAUGCGGUCAUCGGGAACUUUUCCUCCGAGAAACAGAAGCAGCUGGACCUCCUGAAGCUCAUGGACGGAAAGAGGCCGAAGCUGGACGUCACCAAGGCCGUCAACAAGCAGAUGAGAGAGGAAGAUCAAGAAGAGGCUCAAAAAUACAAGAAGGGGAAGAAGGGAGGAAGGAAAGGAGGAGGAAGCUUUGGAGGAAAGGGGGGAGGAGGUAAGGGAGGAAAGGGGAAGGAAGGAGGAAGAGGAGGAGGAGGAGGAGGAAGCUUUGGAGGAAAGGGUAAGGGAGGAGGAGGUAUGGGAGGAAAGGGGAAAGGAAAGGGAGGCAAGCCAGGGAAGGCUAAAGGAAAAGGAGGCAAGGGUGCAGUAGUAGGAGGCAAGAGGAGAGGAAAGCCUGGAAAACGCUGAGAAGGAAAACGUGAAGAAAGUGGACUCUUAUUUAGAAACAGGAAGUGACUGCGUGUCUUUAGAAACAGGAAGUGACUGUGUCUGUGCAGACAGACUGAGGAGAGCGUCAGGACAUCAACAGGAAGUCACUGCUGGACAAACUGCAGACUGAGUGAAGCUUCUGUUUUGAUUAAAUGAUGUCUUUACACCCUUAUUGCUUUGCUUUGUGGCAGCAGCAGUCCUGAGAUCAGUGGUUUGUAUCAAACAGGGCUUUACCUAAGGCUUUACACGCACACACACAUCCUGUGUUUUUAGUAACGACCUUAUUUCACAUGCAUUUGAAUCUAGGUCUCUGCAGCCCCUCUUUCCACUUGCUCUGUUUUAUUUGAAGUGUUCCUCCACGUGGAGGAGCACGUGAUGUUCUGUGACCUGUUGACAUGAAAAAAACAAUAAAAUGUGUUUAUAACUUGA